AUGAAGGUCUUGGCGGCAGGAAUCCUGUCACUGCUGCUUGUUCUGCACUGGAAACAUGGGGCAGGGAGCCCCCUUCCCAUCACUCCUGACAAUGCCACCUGCACCACACGUCACCCAUGUCCCAGCAACCUCAUGUCCCAGAUCAGGAAUCAACUGGCGCAGCUCAACAGUAGUGCCAACGCCCUCUUUAUUCUCUAUUACACGGCCCAGGGCGAGCCGUUCCCCAGCAACGUGGACAAGCUGUGCAGCCCCAAUGUGACAGACUUUCCGCCCUUCCAUGCUGAAGGCAUGGAGAAGGACAAGCUGGUGGAGCUGUACCGCAUCAUUGCAUACCUUGGUGCCUCCGUAGGCAACAUCACACGGGACCAGAAGGUUCUCAACCCCAACGCCCAGAACCUCCACAGCAAGCUGAGCUCCACGGCAGACACCAUGCGGGGCCUCCUCAGCAACGUGCUCUGCCGCCUGUGCAACAAGUACCACGUGGGCCACGUGGAUGUGUCCUACGGCCCCGACACCUCGGGCAAGGAUGUCUUCCAGAAGAAGAAGCUGGGCUGUCAGCUCCUGGGGAAGUACAAGCAGGUCAUUGCUGAGCUGGUCCAGGCCUUUUAA